AUGGGUAAAUCCUGGACCUACCUACCCAGCAGAAACAGCGUACGGCCCACUCCAUGCUUUGGCCGUGUCACUAGGGCAACGCAGCCCCACGCAUUCCGCGGUCCAACAACUUGGCCCAAUUCACACCGUGGCCGUCCAGACCCAUCCUGGCCCAAGCAACACGACCGCUGCUUCGUCACAACAAUACAGUCAGAGCAAUCCGACCGUUUCAUCAUUACAGGCGUCGUUAUUUCCGUCAGGUUCCCACCUUCAGUACGGUUCGGCCAUUCGAACAGCAACACAUACGCACCCCGGUCAAACCUACGGUGCUUAUCUAAUGCCGCCCGGCUCGGUCGCAACGGUAGAGCCCCUAGUUCAAGUGGCCCAGCAGAUAAAGUCGCAGAAUGA